AUGCUGGUUGUUGGAACCAAGGAGGCAAUCGCCUUCGACCCGCCGUUUUUGACCCUCGAUGCCAACGCAACUGUUGCCUGGACCAAGACCAUACUGACCGGAGGACAGCAGCUAAAGGCUGUCUUUGUGACUCACCACCAUCCAGACAAUUCCUUCUCAGCGAACCCGAUUCUUGAAGCGUUUCCCGAAGCCAAAUUCUACGCCGCGCCGUACGUGCCGACGGGGAUAAACAACGGAUAUGAUGACAAAGUGGUUUACUGGCCGUCAGUCUUUGGAAGAGAGAACAUCUCCAUUGCGCCGCGCAAGCCGGAUCCGUUUGUGUACUCGUUCUUCAUCCUUGACGGAAAUCCUGAAUCGCCUGUACAUCUGCUCGGCCCCGUGCAGGGUGAUUCUGUCGACCAUGCGAUUUUCUGGCUGCCGCGUGAGAGGACACUUAUCUGUGGCGACACCAUCUACGCACGGAGUACACAUGUCUGGGUAGAAGAAGUCGAAUCCGCGGCACUUCUCGACGCAUGGAACAAUACCGUUGCACUGAUCGAGCAUCUGCAGCCUGCCAAGCUGAUCCCCGGGCACAUCGAGCAGGGCUGGGAGCCCGACGUUGCUGCAGACCUGGCGCAUAUGAAAAAAUACCUUUCUUUGUUUGGCGAGAAAGUCACGAAUGCGCCAAGGAAGGCUGGAGUGGACGAGUUCUUCACUUUCUUCAAAGAUAGCUUCUCGCAGGCGACUAAGAACCUCGAUUUUUUCCUGGGCCAUCUAUCCAACCAGUUUGGUGAGGGGGGCACGAUCUGGGAGGAAAAUAGGCAUCAGAGUCCGGGCGAGCGGACGCGCGACCAGUUGUUGGGGUAUUGGUUCAAGUAA